UUCAUAGUAUAAAAGCUAGCAACUCACUGUUAUUCAUAACGUUGCUUUUAUUAGCUUUAUUACAGCAAGAUGCUUCGUUUCGUAGCCCUCACCGUCCUUGUAACAGUUACUCUUGCCGCUCCUUAUCACACAGAUCUGGAGCAACACUGGAAAAACUUUAAGACUGUUUACAACAAGAAGUACGAAGGAAAAGUAGAGGGCGUACGACGUCUCAUCUUCGAACAGAAUGUGGCUCGUAUCGUACACCACAACCUUGAGGCAGAUCUUGGAAUCCACACCUACAGAUUGGGACUGAACGCCUAUGCUGAUCUGACUAGCGAGGAGUUUGUGAAACAGCUGAACGGAUUCAGGAGGUUCAACCAAACCAGGAAGAUCAAGGAUGCCUUCAUUCCUCCCCGAAACGUCAUGAUUCCUGAUGAGGUCGACUGGAGAGACAAAAAAGUGGUGACUGGAGUUAAGGACCAGAAACAAUGUGGGUCUUGCUGGGCUUUCUCUACUACCGGAUCAGUUGAAGGACAAUACGCUCUGAAGACAGGACAACUGGUGUCCUUGAGUGAACAAAACCUGGUGGACUGCUCUGGCAAAGAAGGCAACAUGGGAUGUAACGGAGGCUUGAUGGAUUACGGAUUUCAAUACAUCAUUGAUAACAAAGGAAUCGACAGAGAAGACUGCUACAAGUAUAAGGCAAUUGACGAAAAGUGUAAAUUCAAGCGGAACUAGAAUCAUCUAUCUAGAU